UUUAUUUUAAGAGGUAAGUGGAACUUGUUACAAAGAAUUACAUAUUUUGAAAAUCAUUGGGCAUAUAUGUUUGGUUAUGGUUUCAUUUUUACUAUGUUCUCAUUCUUUUUCCCAGUUUUAAUUGGUAAUGCUAUUUUUUCAAUUUUAUAUCCAUUGUUUAUUAUUUUAUCAAUGAGUGCUCAACCUCAAAAAUUAAAAACAACAAGCGGUUUAAUUCCAAAACAUAUACCAAUUUUCUAUAUCCCAGAGGUUAUAGUAAAUAUUGUAUUAAGAUUUUAUGUAAAGUAUCAAAAUAAACCAAAAAAAGAAGCUGUUGAAGAAAAAAAAAGUAAUUAA